CCAGAGCAGGAAGAACUGCAACCAUGAAGUCUACACAAGGGACUUGAAGUGUGGUGAGGCUAGGAACUCUCAAAGCCUACCCCCAGUGACACACUUCCUCCAGGAAGGCCACACCUCGUGAAGGUUCCUAACAUCCCCCCAAACAACUCCAACUAGGGACCAGGUAUACAAAUAGUGAGCCUAUGGGGGAAUGUGUGGCAUUUCUCUUCCAAACCGCCACAUCGAGGUGUGCAUUGCUAGAUUAUGGGAUAACUGUAUAAAGGAAUUACCAGACUGUUUGGGUUGCCCAGCUACUGCAUGAUCUUUACAUCACCACCAACAGUAUAAGGCUCAAAUAUCUCCACAUACCCCCUCACUCGUCUCUGUCUCCUUUUCCAUACAGUGGCCUUAGUGGGUAUCAGGGGGUGUCUCAUUUUGAUUUUGGUUUCCAUUUCCCCGAAGACCAACACUACUGAGCAUCUUUUUAUAUAUUUGAAUAUUAGUAAACACCUAUAAAAGGCCCUUUGGUUUUUUCCUUUUUGUAUUAUAGUUCUUUACAUGUUGUGGACACAGGUCUGUUUGGUGAAAUUUCCAAAUGUUCUACUGUGGUUUGGGUUUUUGUUUUAUGGUAUCUUGUUUUCAUUUUUUCUUUUGUUGCUUAUCCUUCUGGGGGCACAGCAAAAACUCCCUUCAUUCAGUCUCUACAGUUCGCACACGUGGUGCUUACGGACAGUUUUUCAUUUAGCUAUGAUCUUGAAUUCCUUUUUGUAUCUAGUGUGAAAUACCGGCCGCAGUUACUCUCUGCGCGUGGACAUGCUGUUGCUGCAGACAUGCUGCAGAACACUCUCUUCUCCUUGAAUGACCUUGGCAUGCUCCGGCCAGGUGACUGUAAAUGGGAAGGCUUAUUUCUGGACCCUCGGCUUUAUCCAGGAAACAGUCGGGAUCGUUGACCUGUGUUGCAGGCAGGACUCUAAGCCUGAACCCCUGUACUUCUCAAUUACUCGGUGACGUUGACGCUAUUCUUAGUCUCGCCUUGCAGAGGAAGUAGCUAGCUGAGACCGCGGAUGGUCUGUCUGGACGCAAACUCGCGCUGACACGGCCAGCCUGAUGACACUGCCAGCCUGAGCUCUCAGUCGUAGCGCAAAUAAAUGUUAGCAACCGGAACUGUACUGAAAAAUCCAUUUAAACAAAAACUACCGUGCGUCAGAUUGCUCUGUUGGGCUGGAGAAACACCUCCGAUAGAGGCUUCUCCGUGCUUGCUGUCUCUGCGUGGUGGGGUCAGAAACCCUUUUCACCUCCGGGCUGAGGACUGGAGUUCCUGUCCUGAGUUAACUAACCUGAGUCAAAGCGCUAGUCUCGGUGGGUUCCCUGGGGGACUCGGAACUGCUGAUCACAGCCCACACUGGGACUGCUCUAGGUGGAGACAGAAAGGAGCCUGCCUUCUGGCGGGAGGCUGCCCGAGACCUGAGAACUCUCGCGAGAAGACUUGUUGUUACCACGGCAACCGCAUCGCGGUUUAGAAAGAUGGCCGGGCGAAGUGUGGGAGUGCCGAGACGCGGUGCUGCAGAUACUCAGUCGCGCGGGCAGCUUGCAGCUGGACGAGACCUCCUCGCCCGCGAGCAAGAGUACAAACGUUUAAAUGCAGAAUUGGAGGCCAAAACUGCUGAUCUGGUUAGACAAGCUGACGAAGCAAUAAGAGAUCAGCAGGAAGUGCGAGCCAGGCCUUUCUCAGCAAUAACUACAUCAUGCAGAGACGAAGAUGGCUACAACACGAGAGAUCUGCUGUCAUCUGAAGGGAUGGCUCAUCCAUGGUCAGAAACCAAGCCAAAGACCAAAAACACUGGUCCUGUAAACAAGGUUCAAAACAGACUCCACUCUGCAGAUAAAGAAAGGAAAACAAAUUCAAGUGUUAAACUGAAAUAUCCCAGUGUGCAGACUGCCAAUGAUGUGGCCAUCCCAGACGAUUUUUCAGACUUUUCCCUUGCCAAGACAAUUAGCAGAAUUGAAGGGCAGCUGGAAGGGGACAACUUGACAGAGUGCGCAGAUGAUGACGUUUUCUAUGGCGUUAGUAAGGACAUUGGGACAGAAGCCCAGAUGAGAUUUCUAAAGGCCAAGCUCCGUGUGAUGCAGGAGGAACUGGACAGUGUGGUGUGUGAGUGCAGUAAGAAGGAGGAUGAAAUUCAGGAUUUGAAGUCCAAGGUGAAAAAUUUUGAAGAAGACUGUGUGAGACAGCAGCAAACAAUUACGACACAGCAGUCCCAAGUAGAAAAAUAUAAGACUCUUUUUGAAGAAGCAAACAAAAAAUGUGAUGGACUUCAGCAACAGCUCUCAUCCAUGGAGAGGGAAUUAGAAAACAAAAGAAGAUUACAGAAGCAGGCUGCCACAAGUCAAAGCGCCACAGAAGUCCGCCUGAACCGAGCUCUAGAGGAAGCAGAAAAGUAUAAGGUGGAGCUGAGUAAACUGAGGCAGAGUAACAAGGAUAUUGCAAAUGAAGACCACCAAAAAAUUGAAGUGUUAAAAUCAGAAAACAAGAAGCUAGAAAGACAAAAAGGAGAAUUAAUGAUAGGGUUCAAGAAACAAUUGAAGUUAAUUGACAUUUUGAAAAGGCAGAAGAUGCAUAUUGAAGCUGCGAAGAUGCUGUCUUUCAGUGAGGAGGAGUUCAUGAAAGCUCUCGAGUGGGGCAGCUCAUGAGGGAGCGAUUUUAAUUCGAUGCUGGUUUGUGACAGUUUAUUCAACACGAAAUUGUAGUGCUUCUUUACUGUUCAUAAGUAAUGAAAACAUUUGUGAAAUACAAAGUCCAGGUAUGGACUUGCUGAAAUAAACAGUUUGGAAGGACAUUCUGAGGCAAAGCCAGACUGUAACACUGGCUUUACUUCCUUUUUCUUUAAUAGUUGUAACAUAAAGAAACAAGAUUUUGUCUUGAAAAAUAAAAAAAAAAGAAGAAGCAA